AUGAAUGUGUUUCGCUUGCCACUUAGGUUGAUUAAAGACAUUGAGUCUAUGAUCCGCAAAUUUUGGUGGGGGAAUCAAGAUAACACAAGGAAGAUGCAAUGGGUGAAGUGGAGGACGCUCUGCUCCUCAAAAUCUCUUGGAGGUAUGGGAUUUCGUGAUCUUCGACAAUUUAAUGAUGCACUCCUUGGUAAACAGGUGUGGAGGCUUUUUCAUAAAAAAGAUACUUCGCUUUAUAAAGUGUUCAAGCCAAAAUAUUUUCCUUCGGGUUGUAUUCUGGAUGCUGAGAUCAACCCACGAAGCUCUUUUGCAUGGAAAAGUAUAAUGCAGGCAAAGGAUGUUAUUUGUAAGGGUGCAAGAUGGCGUGUUGGGGAUGGCUCUUCAAUAGAUAUAUGGAAGCACAUGUGGAUAGACUCUUCAGGGGGUGGAAAAAUACUUUCUCCUCGGCUGAACUCAUCUUUGGUUGUAGUAAAGGAUUUGUUUAUCAUUGGAACGAAGAUGUGGAAUUCGGACCUAAUUGAUCAGAAUUUCUAA